AGUUCAGUUUACCCCAGGGUCAAAGGAUGCUGCUCAUAAAUAACUUUGAAAAACAGCCGAAUUAUCUCACAGCCGUCCGUUCACGACGGCUUGACCACGUGACAACGCAGGAAAAUCACCGGUAUCAGUCCGCGGCGUAAUGUACACUUUCCCGUUGGUGACGAACUGGAAAAGACGCUUGGUGACGUCGAGUAAUAGAUUAAAACCUUUCAAUCGUGCUAACAGGAUAAAUAUUUCAUCUGCGGCUGCUUGACCACUUUUUGUUCGUUCUUUUCAUACAGUCGCAUAAGUUACCUCAUAAGGAGUCAUUAGGUGAAUAUAACUGACCAAGGUCCGCACCGGAGAGCGUGCAUAAAGCAUGAAGAGGGGAAAGGAGCCUGCGCUGUACAAAGCCUUCCUCGUGGCUUUCGUCUUGAUCGAAGUUGGCCUCUUCAGCGUGUGUGUGCAGGGGUGGCCGUCGCUGGUCUUCAUCUUCAGGGAUGCAGGGUUUUACGCCAAUCUCUGCGACAACACCACUCUCACAUACUCGCCCGACAUAAACGUGACGACGUCCGGCGAGCAAGAGCACGAUCACCUGGCUGAGCUGGGGUGUGCCCCACAACAAGAAAUGUUAAACUUAGCUUACACUCUGGCUUGUGCGUCGCUUGUGCUAACAUCGGUGCUAGGAUACAUUUAUGAUCAUUGUGGAACGUGGUGUGUUCGCGGAAUUUGCGUGUCUUUAUGCUUCACCGGAACACUGCUGAUGGCAUUUGCUAGACCAGGUCUGGAAUGGCUACUAUUCCCAGGAUCUAUCGGCCAAUACCUAGGUGGUGUUAUGUACCUUGCGACUGGUAUGCAGAUGCCGCAGCUUUUUCCUAAGAUCAAAACGACUCUUGGAAUCAUGGUUUCUGGAGCAACAGACAUGAGCACGUCGUCUUUUCUUUUUGUUAAACUGGCUUAUGACGCUGGAAUACCUUACCAGAGCUCAAUGUUGGUGUUUGCUUCCAUUGGUCUCGUAAUUUCUACCAUUACUACGAUUUUGCUGCCCCCUAGGGACCACGCGGCAAACGACAAAGAAACAAAAACUGUUUCUGAAAAGUGUUUGUCCAUGUCUUUAUAUACAUGUAAUUGUCUGGGAAACCAGGAAAAAGAUUCUAAAAACGCCAAAGUAGACUUCAAUAACAGAAAGAGCGCAGAUGUUUUUAUUAUAAAUGACACAAACCAAAACAAUUGGAAAACGACUGAAAAUGAGGACACAGAAAAACCAAUGGCAAAAGUACCAUCUCUACCUUCUUCAUCUGCAGACAUGAUACAAAACGGCAAAAAACCAGCGGAGAACGCUGGUACCGUCAUUGAAAAACAAGAAAAUGGAGACAUCGUUAAUGCAGGAGAAAUCGUCUUGGGAGAAAAACCAGUGACAGAAACCUCAUCAACCGAUGAGAAGCUGCAGUGCGAUGUCCCCAAGCUUUCCUCGAUCUUCAAGAGCCCUUUGUUUUGGACAACACAAAUUUGGUUUUCAGGGAAUGUUUUGUUGGUAGUGAUGUAUUUCGGCAGCUUCAACUCCAUCAUAGAUUACUUAUCACACGGUGACCAAAGUAUAGUGAGCCACUACACUAACGUCCUUGGUAUCCUCCAACUGACCACUAGCAUACCGAUGGCCAUAGCUGGGGGAUACAUGGUGGACAGACAGAAAAACAGAGCUCAGAAGGGGGCUAAAGCUCAGCCAAAGUUCUUUCUCGUUCCCUUUUUCAUCACAAGUUUUACGGGACUAAGUCUUUGGUCUUUAUGUGCUGUACCAGUGUUAGAAGUUCAAUACGUGGCAAUGCUACUACACAGUCUGCUAAGAACCUUCACAUAUGGGGUUCAUAUAUCUUUUUUGGCAUAUGCGUUUCCCUUGCAACAUUUCGGCAAGAUAUACUCCAUCCAGCUUUCCAUACAAACUGUGUUUGCAAGUCUUCAGUAUCCUCUGUUUUACUGGCUCAAGUCGGGGCUCGACAGCAGACCUUUGUUUUUUAGCGUGGCUAACGUAUGCAUCGCGUGUCUCACGUUCUGUUUACCUGUCUACGUCCUCAAGAUGAAGGGAGCGGCGCAGGAAGAGAAAAAGCAGAAGGUUGACACUUGAAAAUUUAAAUGAAGAUCGGAAACUUCGAUUUUCCCUGUAAGUUCGAUAAAGACAGUAAUAUUACACUUAUGGUACCAGCUACGAGAUGUGCUGAAUAUUUUGACAAGACCAAAGCAGCAAAAUUGGGCUCCGACAGAAUCUGAAGUUUCUAGUGCAGUGUACAUAUAUGUUAGGCAAAAGCCAAAAUUAGUUCAGUGACUCCUUAUCUAGUUCUUUGGGCUCAUGCGAACCUAUAAAAGACACGACGAUAUUCUGAAAUCAUCGAUAAGCUAACAGUUGGAGGCGAAAAUCUGCAGUGUGACUAACGUAUGACAAAAAGGAUUGUGUUAGAGAAGAUGAAACAUGUUCGGACUGUGAAAAGAACUUCUGCAUCAUCUAAAACGGGGGAUUGGUUGGAGUAAAAAGACGUUUUGGUGUCCAGCAUCUUUCUGAAGCAUCUUUUAGAACAGUCUUCCUCGGCACACUUGCACAGUACUUCACAAGGUGUAUGUUCUGUUUCUAUAAAAGUGAAUGUUUUGAAUCUAUCAAAGAAAUCUUCUCAACAUUUUGUUACGCUGUCAUUAUUAGCAGCCUUAAUCUUAACCCCAACCACGCUACGUUUUCUCGACUAAAAAGGGUCAAAUGUGGUGCUUCACAAACAGGGUAUGAUAGAAUUUUGAUGUUUCGAAAAAAAAAUUGUUAAAAAUGUCAUUUUGUGGCCUAAGAAGACUGAAAUGUAAUUCCAUCCCGAUCAAAUGCAGUUACCAAAUGAAUUGAGGAUGCUGUACACUGAAAGACGAGACUAAAUACCGAAA